CUUCUCGGCUCUUCUCCAGUUUCUUUACACUCAUCACUUGAUUCUUCCGUAACUCAGUCGAAAAACGAAAAGAAUGUCUCGAAUUUUCAUGUUUAUGCUGUUGGUGGCCGUUGCUGUGGCCUUGCCUUACCCUCAAGACGCUGCUGCUCCCGCCGUUCCUGCCGCAGCUGUUCCAGGUGCGGAUGGUUUAACAGCUGACCUCCGUCAUCACCAUGGUCACAACAGCGGCGGAUAUGGGGCUGGAUAUAAUCAAGGAUACGGCGGAUAUAAUCAAGGAUACGGCGGACAUAAUCAAGGAUACGGUGGAUACAACCAGCAGGGAUAUGGCGGAUACAACCAGGGAUAUGGAAACAACUACAAAAACAGAUGGAGGUUACGGCAGUUACGGUGGACUCGGAUGGAGAGAAGGACAGAAACCAGGGGAUACCGCCGCUCCAGUUGAUCCUGCAGCCACUGGACAAGUGACUUUCCAGUAGAAUUCUCCAAUGCACCUGUUUGCUUUCAUUCAAUCCACUUAACUCUUAUCAAAUUAUCACCUUGCGUUCGUGCCUAUGGCUAAUUCUGUCGGAAUUCUUGUAUUUUAUAGGGUCUGCCCUUGCAGUUUUCACUUCUGUUGUCUAAUUGAAGGGAUGUCUUAUUCUAUUCGCCAAAGUGAAUGCUGUAUGUUAUUCUGACUCUGUCGAUCAGUUUUAGAAAAAAUGCGAUAACAUAUUCUUUCUUAAAGUGGAAAUAAAAUUUCAAAUUAAAA